UUUAGGACUCAGAGCUAUGCUCUGACAAGAAUUACAGCGGUAACGUGGGGCCUAGGGCUAGCCAAAGCGAGAGAGGUGUACUCUAAGUGCAUUCGGUCAACACUAGCCCCCAAACCCAGCCCUCCCCCAACCCGCCAACAUGAAUCGCCAGGAGCUUUGCAUCACCAACAAUGCCCGCGCCUCCUCAAGGCGAUCCAACACCCAAGUCUCCGCCCUCCUCCGCGAGGGCCUCCCAGGCCCCUUCAGCACACUGGCCCAAGUCGCCCACAUCCCUCUCGUCGACGUGGCGCGCAUGUCGGCCGCGACAUGGCCGCCCGGCAGGCCGAGGUAGCCCAGCGGCCACACAGUCGCAGGGGCAAGAUCCCGCGGCCUCUUAACGCCUUUCUGCUGUACCGCAUGGCGUACAAAAACCGGGCCAUGGCCUUCCGCCAGUCGUUUCGAGAGCGGGACCGCCGGAUCAGCUUCCCGCAUAUUUUGGCGUUCAGCUGGAAGAUGGAGCCGGAGGGUGUGAGGCGGGAGUUUGCGGCGCUGGUGGAGGUUGAGAAGAAGAGGCAUGCCGGGGCAUUUCCUGGGUGGAAGUAUCGGCCUGUGGUUAAGGGCAGGAAAAGGGCUGAGCGGGCAUCAGAACCCCCUGUCGACAAUGCUGACGCCGAUAGCGUUUACCCGACGAACAUCCUCGACGCCAUAGAUGCCAUAACGCCGGAGCGGCUGGAGGACUUCCUGGCCGUGCCCUAA